ACCCACACCACGCCUUCUAAAAUUUAGCCCCGCCCCAUUUUAUUUUUUCCUUCAUUUUGUUGAAAGUUUCUUCUAAAGUUUUCUCACCCAUGUUGUCUCGUAUUGUAAAAGAGCACCAGGAGAAGCAGUCCUCUCUCCGGGAGGAACAAGAGAAAAAGAAACGACUCGCCAUUGCUGCAGUUCAAGCAUGUACUAACUCAAUGGUAGACUGUCUUAAUGAAGGAGUGGAGAGGGCCUACGAGAAUCAACGCAAACUAGACAAAGAAUCAAAAGCUCUACAGCUCCACUCGGCAAAAUACGUCAAGCAGACGACACAGUGGCUUAAUUUAGUUGAAGGAUUUCACAAGAAUCUUAAAAGUUUGGGUGACUUGGAGCAGUGGGCGAAAACGAUAGAGAGGGACAUGAAGACGGUAAUGGGGACGUUGGAGUAUGCUUAUCACGGGACAGAUGAAGUGCAUGUUGUUAAGGACAGCUAAUGUGUUUUGUCCUUCAAUUAACUGUCCUAAAUUUUGUGUGUUUAUCUUUUCAAAUUAUGAUUGAUAAUCAAAAUUUAA